AUGACCGAAUUUCGCAUGCCCAUCCAUCAGGGCCCUCCCUCUCGCAAGCCCAUCUCCGGCUCUACCCAGCCUACCUAUGGAUACCAGUCCUUUGAUGCUCCUCGAUCCCUAGCGCCACACUCUGCCAGUGCGCAAACCACCCACAGCCGGACUCGCACUACCUCCUCCAACGUUCUUCCCUAUGGUGCCUCGCAGCACUACCAAGGGGCCCCACCGUCCGCUAUCUCUCCACACUCCAUGGGUCCUCCGGCGAACUUCCAGACUUCCCGUCGCAUGUCCAGCACCACCACAUCCACCAACUCUACCGGCACCAAUAUGAUGCCGCACACCGAGACCGAUAUUCGACGAAGCGCAUCCAACCGCUCCGCCAGCUCGCAACUUGGGUAUGUAGCUCUUAUGCGACGACAAAAGGCUACAGUAUGGUGCGAUCGUGCCCAGCCCGAGGAUGCUCGAAUGCGCGAGCAGGCCUUGCGCGAUAAGAAGCGGGCGUACCUGGAAGUCCACGGCGCAGGCGCCCGACGUUCAGGCGGUAGUGGCAAGAUUCGUCACACUAAGGGUGCUAUGGAGUUCUCUCCUUCAAACUUGGUGGGCGCCAAGGUACCCGUUCGACUCAGUGCCAACGAAAUCGGCGAGGACGAGGAGGACGCCCGUAGUACCGAAGGCGCCGCCAUGCACAGGCGCACCGGGAGUGGCCGCAGCUCGAUUGCUAGCUCCCGCUACCCCAGUGGAUACCAGCGAACUCAGGGUACUAUGGGCAGCAACAGCACUCCACCCAAUGAGAAGACCGACCUACCGAAUGUGUCUGAAAAUACCCCCGCGGAGAUCCAAGAAGAGGAGAAGAGCCGAGUAUCAUCCAUUGUCAAGGACGAUGCCGCUACAACCCACACCACGAACAGUAGUGAGAUAGAGGACUGGGUUCCUGACAUGCAGGCCCCCAACGCCGCAGACCAAGCAGCCCAGAAGGCCAAGAAGGCCGAUGAGCUACGGCGACGGGGCAGCGUGGAUGAACGAACGACCUCGAUGACCAACGUGCGGCUAUUCGUUGCUAACCCGGAUCUCAGUGAUUGA